UCAGCAGCGUUACCCCCUUUCCCCCGCUGCUACAGCCGCGCCGUCCCGCAGCCACCCCCCGCGCGUCCCGCACGGGCGCGGACGGCACGGGGCAGGCGGUCGGCGCGGGCACCUAAGGCAGCACCGCGCCGCUUAUUGGCGGGGCGGCGGCGUCUGGUGAUGGCGUCAGGCGCUGGUGGCGGCGCGGCGCGGCGGCGGUGGAAGGCCCCGCAAUGUGCGCGCCGCGCUGGCGUGGGGGGCCUGGAGGGGCGCGCAGCCCCGCGCUAGUGGCCAUGUCGCGCUUUGCGGCGCAGAGGCUCGUCCCGGCGGUGAGGGGCUGGCGCGGCUUCUCAGUUUGCAAGUCAUGGGCUCUCCGGAGAUUUUCCCUCCAGCCUGCCCAGCAGAAGAAGAUUCCAAACCGGUAUUUGGGUCAGCCCAGCCCCUUCACACACCCACACCUUCUCAAACCAGGGGAGGUAACCUCAGGAUUGUCACAGGUGGAAUAUGCUCUUCGCCGACACAAACUGAUGGCGCUGAUCCAGAAGGAGGCCCACGGCCAGGAUGGACUGGACCAUACAGUGAUUCUGCUAUCCAACCCUACGUACUACAUGAGCAAUGACAUCCCCUACGUUUUCCACCAGGACACUAACUUUCUGUACCUCUGCGGGUUUCAGGAGCCUGACAGCAUCCUGGUGCUACAGAGCCUUCCUGGCAAAGCGCUGCCCUCUCACAAGGCCAUCCUUUUUGUGCCCAGGAGAGAUCCAAGCCGAGAGUUGUGGGAUGGGCCCCGAUCAGGCACAGAUGGGGCAGUUGCUCUCACAGGAGUAGAUGAAGCUUACACUAUUGAGGAAUUCAGGCACUUGGUAACCAAACUGAAAGGUGAGUCAAGUGUGAUUUGGUAUGACUUGACCAAGCCAGCGCAUGCACAGCUGCACUCUGACUACCUGCAGCCCUUGGCUGAGAUAAAAGCUCGGAGCAAAAACCACAUCCAGGGCAUCCGACACCUAGUGCAAAACCUUCGUCUGAUCAAAUCUCCUGCAGAGAUUGAAAGGAUGAAGAUUGCUGGACAGGUGACAGCAGAGGCUUUCAUAGAGACAAUGUUUGCCAGCAAAUCCCCAGUGGAUGAAGCCUUUCUGUAUGCAAAGUUUGAAUUUGAGUGCCGGGCUCGUGGUGCUGACAUCUUGGCCUACCCUCCUGUUGUUGCUGGUGGCAAUAGAUCCAACACCUUGCACUACGUGAAGAACAAUCAGCUCAUCAAGGAUGGUGAACUGGUCUUGCUAGAUGGUGGAUGUGAGUCUUCCUGCUAUGUAAGUGACAUCACACGUACCUGGCCCAUCAAUGGAAGAUUCACUGAACCCCAAGCAGAACUAUACCAGGCUGUCCUGGAUAUCCAAAAGUCUUGCCUGAGCCUCUGCUCCCCAGGCGUCAGUCUAGAGAAUAUCUACAGCCUCAUGCUGAGCCUUAUUGGACAGAAACUGAAAGAGCUGGGAAUCCUAAAGAGCAGCAUCACUGAGAGCUACUUCUUCAAGGCUGUUCGAAAGUACUGCCCACAUCAUGUGGGCCAUUACUUGGGCAUGGAUGUACAUGAUACCCCAGAUAUGUCCCGAUCGCUCCCACUCCAGCCAGGCAUGGUGAUAACCAUUGAACCAGGCAUUUACAUCCCUGAGGAUGAUGUGAGCGCCCCAGAGAGGUUCCGUGGCAUCGGUGUGCGCAUUGAGGAUGACGUUGUGAUAACGGAGGAUGCGCCGCUCAUCCUGUCUGCUGACUGUCCCAAAGAGAUUGACCACAUUGAGCAGAUCUGUGGCCGCAGCUCGUGAUAUCCCUUCUUGCCUCUUGCACCCUCCUCAGGAGGCACAGCCCUCCAGGAAUGCAGCCCCCUGCAACUGACUGUAGUAGUCAAGCGAUGGGUGGUGUGGACUGUUGAUGGCUGCUUUGAGACUGUGGGGCUGGGAGGUGGAAUGGAAAUAGCUCAGGCAGUGAGGGCUGAAAAGCAAAGUAACCUUUUGUGUGUGUUUCUCCCCUCUGAUUUGGUUAGGGCUGGUGUUGAGCUGUUGUAGAAGGUGGGGGUGGAUUCAUCACCCUUCUGUGUGGCUCCCCAUGUUUCAGUGCCUUUGGAGGGAUGAGUUUUGUCAGUGCUACCAGCAGAGCUUCUGCCUGGUCCCUUUACGCAUGCAUGGGUGCUGCUGCUGAGAGCCAGGGCCCUGUUGUUUACCCUUUAGCAAUAGUUUCACAAUGGUCAAAUUUUAAAAGUGAAACUUUGAAAAAUGCUAUUUUGGAGGAAUAAGCUGUGUCAGACAGCUUUGGUUUCUAUAGAACCUUGGAAGGAAGAGACUUGACAGUCAGGAAGAUUGGUCCUGGGAGGGGGUAGUUUUAACUGAAGUCUCUUUAGAGAAGAAAAUUUCUGGCAUUCUGAGGGUAAGGAUGUGUUUGGGCCUUGUUCAAGCAGAUGCCAAAUAGGCCAACAGCAGGAGAAAAAAGCCUCAUCUGGUCUUUCAGCAUACAAUUACCAAGAGGGCUUGGUAAUUGUAGAAGGGACCGAUAGAGCUCAGGAGGGUUGGACAUACCCGUUCUCGCUGCCUUCCACAUUCCUUCAUUUUUGUUCCAAAUCUCCAUUGCAGUCUGCUGUUCUGAGCCUGCCUCUACCCUGGGAAGCAGGGCCGUGCUGGGCUUCACUCGUGAGCUCCUGGUUGUUGCCUACAUAUGAGUUUUCCUGUAAGGGCAAAACAGUGUGUGGGGCACUCACAGCACCUUUCUGGUUUUACUGUAGCCACCAAUAGUUUCAGCAAUGCAUUUCUGAAGAGUCUGCAGUAUGGUGAGUUGGAGGUCUUUAUAGGGCUUUUGUGGAGUAAUUUUCCUUUUCAAAACACUGUAGGCAUGAUCACAGCUGCCUUUUGGUUUGUGCCAAGUGUAGUCAAUAACUAAUGCUCUGUGAUAAUAUUUCUGAGGAAGCUGCAAAUAUAAUUAGUGGCUGGGAUGGAUUAGGAGUAAAGAGUUGAGUCCUUUCUCAGCAUCAGCCUACUACCCAAGCCACUGUAUGCAGUAGUAAAUAUACUUACUAGAGGCAAACAUGAUGUUUGUUAUUUACUGAAGGUAUUUUGACAAUCAACUUUUUAUUUAACAUAUGUGAAAAAUGCCUCUAAUUACUGCAUCUCUUGUUAUUUAUGCUUGCUUUUGCUUCACAUCAUCUUUUUUCCUCUCCAGUUAUAAAUUUCAGGCUUUUCCUCAGUUAUUGCCAGUUUUCCUUCUCAUUAUCUUGCUAUAUUGUCUCUUUUUGGCCCACCAUAAUGUCAGUGCUUCCUAAUCCCUGAUCUUCUUGCUAAUCAGUGUCAUUGCCUCUCUCCUUGUCUGCCCUCGGUCCUCACAGUGGAUGUUGUCAGAAGCACGUGGGGAAGGUAGUCAGGGUUCCUGAGUUCCACUUCUGGUUCUGGUGCUGACCGUGUAACCUCUAGCAAAAUCUGCUUUAUUUUUUACUCAGUGUUUCAUUUUUCUUAGUGAAUGCCACUCUGGGUGUUGUGCAUGUCCCAUUGCUUUUCAUGGGAGAUGGGUGCAUGCACCAGGGUGUGAAUUUGGCACUUGAAAGGCAGCCAAGACAUGCUAAUAUUUUAUUUUUUAAGCAUAAUAGAAAGUAAAUGCUUUUAUGUAUCAGUUUAUGCCUAGUUAAGAGAACCUGCUGAUUUUUGAUGGAAGUCUUUGUUAGAUGCUCAUGUGUUACUGUACCAAGUACACUGUAAACCGUUGGAAGGAAGGCUCAUUAAGUAUGAACACACAGGAAUGAUUAUUUUUGAUGUUCUUUGGGUCUGUAACACAUUGUUUGUUGUUCCAAUUACACAUAUUAGAGCCGCAUCAACCAGAACAAAUCUUGAAUUUUGGAACUAUGUAAGCAGCUAAAAAUAACGUUAUCCUGAGAGCUACACGCGUGUGCUGAACUGGAUAUCUGCUUCUGUACCUAAUUGCAGAGGUAAUGAUUGUACUUAAUGUAAAUAAGCCUUUGAAAUACAUACAAAAAGUUGUUUUUAAAAUAAAACAAUUUGUAGAAAGUCAUUUCUUGGGCCAUCAAGUUGCAUGCCUGUUGAGCAGAUAUAAGCACUUCCAGGAAGAGCAUUAUUUUUCAGGGAGAUUUAUAAAUUAUGUGUAAUUUAUCUUUGACUUGAAAUAACAUUAUCAAAUGCAGGCACAUACUAAUUACUGAACACUCAGGAAAACCCUGCAACAUGCAAACACCAAUAGAUCUUAGGAAUAUUGAGGAUGAAUGUUUCUGUCAGGAAAGAAGUAUUUGUGAUUCUGCUGAGCGUGGAGUAAUGGAUCUGCUAGGGCUGCUGUGCCCCCCAUACUGUUAAGUGUGUCUGAUUUAGGUUUGGAAUUGCUCUGUAUUCUGUAUUUCUUCCACAGUGUUUAGCCAUUUCUUCAGCAUAAACUCCUGCUAAUGUUUUGAAUGUGUUGUUCCAUGUAAAGAAGAGUGCAUUUUGCAGAACAUAUUAAAUUUGAGUUUUAUCAACUUAAA